GGGACUACCGGUCGUGAUGGCAGCAUGGGUGAGACCAAGAUUACUUGGUGAGACACAGUCGGUGAUACGUGAAGUAAGUUACGGACGAAAGAGGAAUAAUCGAACAACAUUUCGACCUAAAUUCCACGGAUGAACUGUGGGCGAUCCCCCAGCUGACUAACUGAUACAUGUAUGCAUCGACAAAUAGUGUGACGAACGAUGACACGAUGAACGAUGAAACGAACCAUGAAACGAACAACAAACGAUGAAACGAUACAAAAAAGAAAGGUUCCUGCAGCACUGUUUCUUCCGGAAGGCAUUCUGAAACUACCGUCAAUACGAAGGCGUGACCCUCUUGAACAAACUUGUGAAUUCGUAAAGCAUAAUAGGUGGUUAGAUCCGACGUCUGACUUCUCCAGAUGAUUGGUAAUGUGUUCAUCCUAAAGUCCAUACCCAAAGCUAACAGUCAUUAGUGCAACAAAAAUGUUCACAAAAUAUAGGAUGAAAAAUGAAAAUGAAUAGCAAAUACAGCGUGAUAGCCUACGAAACAGGAGAAUUAUAAAGUGCGAAGUUUUAUAACAAAAAAAAAUCAUGUCAGCGCGGAGAAGACAAUUAUAUAGAAAGAAAAACAUGAGGGGGAAACAAAACCAGAAGUUUGUGGCCCUGUUUGCCGUGGUGGCCGCCGCGGCCGCCGGCUCCCCCGGCUACGGACCCACCCCGGCCGUCCGCGCCGCCGCCGCCGCCGCCGCUCCGCUGCCUCUGGUGCGCAUCCUCGAGUCGGAGAGCCACAGCGACGACCAGGGCGGCUACGGGUUCCGCUUCCUCUCCGAAGACGACAUCGAGCGCCAGGAGCAGAGCGCCGACGGCACCGUCACCGGCUCCUACAGCUACCGAGCUCCCGACGGACGGCUCAUCAGCGUGCGCUACGUGGCCAACGCGCUGGGCUUCCGCGCCGAGAGCGACGCGCUGCCGACGCCGGUGCCGACCGAGUACCCGACGCCGCAGGUGCCGUCCACGGAGGCGGCGCCGUCCGUGCGCACCGUGCAGCAGUACUCGGCGCCUGCUGAGCGGCCGGCCGUCCGGCAGCCGGCCGUCGAGUACGAGCCCGUCUACAGCUACCGCGCCGUCACUCAGUAAAAGCGCGCACGCUCAAUGAACGGUUUGAAAAGGAAUGCUUUGAACUCCCUAUAUCCUGCUUGAAUGGUCUCUGACCUGACGGCAUAUUAUUGUCUAUUUAUUGUUCCGUGUAUUUCUGCAUAUUUUGUGGUGAAUGUUUGGUGUUUAUUAGCAUGCAAUAAAAAUGCAAUAAAAAUGAUUGCUCUUAGAA